UCCUUCGUGCCUUCUUCAUCUACAAGACAUUGGCGAAGUACCUUGUGCCCAGUUGGCACAGACAAAAGCCAUAAACAAGAAUUGAAUUGAAUUGAGUUGUUAUUCAACUCAUACCUAAGAAACUAAAUAAACGCAUAAAAGGAAAACUAGAAUCGUCUUUAUAAAUGUUAAUCGACAAACAUCACGUCCUAAGAACACAAAAAAAUCAUUUCAGAAGAAUUGUAGUCUGCGCUUCUCCCAAAUUCGCAGCAAUACAAAACUCCCAACUGUGUUUAAAAUGACACCACUAUAUACAAUAGCUGCAAUAAUAACGCUACUACCUUUAUGUUUAUCAGACAGUGAUCCUUAUUCCAAAGAUCCGUAUCGGCCACUCGGUCCAUUAGUGAAAUGCACCUUUUUACCUAUCGAUUUCUUAGAGUGCGACGAGCCUGUCGACCAUAAAGGCAACGAAACUGCGAAAAAGGCGGUGAAACACGGCUGUGUAAAAUUUGGAGGCGUGAGAUAUGAAGAUGUUGAAAGAACUAAAGUUCAAUGUAAAGCAUUGGACGGAAUAGAAUGCCACGGUAGCCGGAGCUUUUUAAGAGAUGGUUUUCCAUGUGUGCGCUACUCUGGACACUAUUUUACUACUACACUUAUUUAUAGUAUAUUACUAGGUUUCUUGGGUAUGGAUAGGUUUUGCUUAGGUCAGACAGGUACAGCAGUAGGAAAACUUCUUACACUAGGAGGCCUGGGUAUUUGGUGGAUAGUUGAUGUAGUUUUACUGAUAACAAACAAUUUGCAUCCUGAAGAUGGUAGCAAUUGGAAUCCAAAUGUUUAAGUUAUGAAAAGUAUUAAAAUUGUACCUAAGUGUAAUAAAAAUGUAUUUGAUUAAUUUAUUCAUAAAGUGACUGUAAACCUAUUUAUCUCAAAGAUUUCCUGUAAAUACUUUUAAUGUAAUAAAUGUAAAUACUUAUUUUCCCAAAAAA